AUGUCCCUACUGCUUUUGUUUUUAUUAGGAUGUCUCGGCUUAACAUCUGCUCGUCAUCCAGCAUAUCUUCCUGAUAACUGGAAGACAGCUGCUUAUGAUGGAGAUCAAGAAGAGGAUAAUUCGAAAAGACUACCAGAUGUUAUAUCUAUAACAGAAUAUCGUUUAAAGAUCCAACCUUACUAUCCAGCUCCCGGUAUCCAGUAUGAUAAGAAAAGAAACCUAACAUUCGACGGUACAGUGGAAAUGUCUGUGCUCAUUAAGAAACCUACAACAGAAAUUACUCUAAACGCAGCUAAUCUCAAUAUUUCCUCGGUGGAACUUAGCGAUUUUCUUCACCGGGAGGUUAAAAUAAAGUCGAAAAGUGUAGAUGAAAGGAAAGAAUUUCUCACAAUAGUCCUUGAAAAACAGCCAACUGUAGGAUCACUACUUAUUUUGAAAAUUAUGUAUACUGGUUUAAUAAAUUAUUAUAAUGACGGUGGUCUCUAUUAUACAACACAUCAACAGCCAAAUGGUGAAACACUUUGGAUGAUUGCCACCCAGUUAGCAGUCUAUUGGGCACGAACAGUUUUCCCAUGCAUGGAUGAGCCAGCAUACAAGGCGGUAUACCGUUUGGAUCUCAUUUAUCCAUCAUCUCAUGUGGCUCUAGCGAACAUGAAAGAAACUGCAGCCGUUGAUUUGAGGAAUGGUUGGUCAAAAAUUUCCUUCCCUGCAACGCCGAUCAUGUCAACAUAUUUGGUUGCGUUUGCCGUUGGUCCAUUUGUUUCGCAUGAUGUCAUCAACAGGGAUGGUACCUUGGUUCGCAGUUGGGGAUGGACAGGUCAGGAGAAUUUCUUACAAUUUUCGGCUGAAACUGCUGCAGAAUGUCUUUACCAGAUGGGACAGUAUACGAACAUCAAAUUCCCAUUAGAAAAAUGCGAUAAUCUCGGUCUUCCGGAAUUCCUUGCUGGAGCAAUGGAGAAUUUUGGUCUUAUAGUCUACAAAUCUGAAAUCAUAGCGCUUAACCCUGACACAAUAACAACGAUAGAGAAAAUAGAAUCAGCGUAUAUCAUUUGUCAUGAAGUGGCUCAUCAGUGGUUUGGGAACCUUGUCACAACACAUUGGUGGGAUGAUUUAUUCCUGAAUGAAGGAACAGCAACAUAUUUCUCCAAAAUAAUGAUGGCUGCUGCAUUCCCUAAAGAGGCAUCAUACGUUGAUGCUGUAACGGUGAGAAGAGACCGUGAAAAGGCAUUAAGAGCUGAUGCUGGCGCAUUUGUGCAUCCACUGGUAGCGCCAGACGGGCCGUAUUUUGAUUUGAUUACAUACGAAAAGGGAGGAAUACUGUUCAGAAUGUUAUCGGAUGUAAUGGGUUCAGAAGUACUUCGAAACGGUUUUCAACGAUAUCUUCGAACUCAUCAGUACAGUACCGCUUCACAUAGGGACCUAUUCUCAUCCUUGACUGAAGCUACCGAAGAAGCUGGUGUAUAUGGUUGGUGUGGACUGUUGAAUGUAACUCACUUCAUGGAUUCCUAUGUCCAUCAGACUGGUUUCCCAUUGAUAAAUGUUAGUGUUGAUGAAGAUGGUCUCAAUUUGUCACAGGAGCCGUUCACCGAAAAAACUAAUGAGAUACCUUCAAUGUGGAAUAAUGAAUGGAUUGUACCGGUUCGAACAGCCGGCUAUGAUUCUCCAAAGCGAAGAAUUCAUUGGGUGGCACCUGGAAAAGAAACAAAUGAAUGUUAUGAAAGGUCCGUGAAUAAAUGGCAUAUUGUCUCCUAUGCUUCUGCAACUUAUGGAAGAGUUUUCUACGAUGACGAUAGCCUUAAAUCACUCCUGAAAAAAAUGCGUACGGAUGAUGUACCAGUAGGAGUAAAAAUAGCACUAAUUGGAGACGAAUUAGCUUUCAUCCAACGUCUUCAAAAAAAGAAUCAACCUUACUCCUAUGAUCGUCUUCUCAACAUUCUUACAACUGUUCUAAACACCCCAUCCAAGGAAGAACCAUCAGCUGAACUUGUGGAUGUCGUUGUACAACAACUCGAGUUCUUUGCUAAUCUUCUACGAGACAGUAUCGAUGAGCCGUUGGUUAAUAGACUAAUCUCAAAAGCUAUUGGGAAAAUCUACAGUGAGGAAAUUUGGGAAGCACCAUCGACUUGGAACAUGGACGUAUUGAAGGACGUAUUUUUACCGUACGCAGUAAAGUACGAUUUGGGCGAUUCCCGAAAAAAAGCCGGCGAGAUUUUCAGCAAAAUUUUUGAGAACUGUAAUACGGCACAGAAUGGAAGUUCAUGGUGCAGCAAUGUACAAAACGAUGUUCAUCGUGCGGCAUACUGUGGUGCAGCAAAGAACGAUGUGAAAUUAGGAACAAACUUUGCGAGUCUAAUGUUCCUCUAUAAAGGAGAAGUGAAAACAAAUCCAUAUUUUAAUCAGGAAUACUAUGCAUUACUGGAAGGCAUGGCAUGCACUGAACGUCCUGUUCAGUUGAAGAAAUUGAUCAAAAUGGCGCUAAUUUCGGAGGUUGAUUACCCAAUGGUAUUCAGAUGGCUGAAAACGAAUCCAGCUGCAUCAGAGGCUUUACUUCUUUACCUGAAUUCGAAACCGGAACAAGUGCUUAAUUUCGAUGGACUACGUUUAUAUCUCGACGCAAUGACAUACGGAUGGAAAUCGAAAGCAAGGCUACAGCAGUUUAUCAAUCUGGAAGAGUCUCUUUUGCCUAAAAUAAGCGAGAAGAAUAAGGUAGUCUUUGAUGAGAUUAGGAAAAGAAUAAAGAAAGAUGUGGAAUGGUCCGAGAAGUAUUUGCCAUCCAUAACAAAGUGGAUGUACGACAACUUGGUGAUCGUCAAGAAAGGACCAUGGAAAAAGAGACUUCCUGGCAUAAUUGUACCAACUCGAUAUGACCUCGAAAUUACCCCAUAUAUACCAGGAUCGGCAAAAUAUCUAUUUUCCAGGAAUAUGACGUUCGAUGGCAAAGUUACGAUGACUUUCACGGUAACGCAAGAAACCUCAGAAAUCGUUGUAAAUGCUCAUCGGCUUGUUAUAGAUCCAGGAAAUAUCGUAGUAAAGGACAAUCAAAAUACAAAUAUAGAAGUAAACACAGCUGAAGUGGAAAAAGACUACGAAAAUGGAAUACUUACUAUACCACUUGCAAGCAAGCUUACUCCUAAUACCGUAUACUUCUUGUCAAUUUCUUAUUCCGGUUUUAUCUCUAACAAACAGCAUCAUGGUGUAUAUAGCAACUACAACUUCCAGGAAUACAGAGGAAAACAGGGGUGGAUCUUUAGCACGGAUUUCGAGGGUACUCCAGGUUCUCGGUCCUUGAUGAUAAGCUGCGAUGAGCCUUCCUAUAAAGCCAUAUUUAACAUCUCGGUUCAUCAUUCUGCUGACAUGACAGUUUUAUCGAAUAUGCUUGACAAAGGUACCACUUUAACAAAAGACGGAUGGGCAGUGACGAAAUUCCGCGAAACCCCUAAGAUGUCUUCUCAUAUGGUAGCAAUUUGUGUUGGACAUUUCUCAUCGAUAUCCAGCAUAUCGAAUACUGGAGUAAUAGUAAGAGCAUUUUCAUGGACAGGUAUGGAAGUUUACGCGGAUUUCUCUCUAGAGAUCAUGGCUGGAACUGUCGACUAUCUGAGCAAUUACUUCAAUUAUAAGUUCCCGCUUAAGAAACUCGACCUUCUUGCUCUUCCAUAUUUCCCUAUAAGAGACGAGUCAGCGAACUGGGGUCUGAUCCUAGCAAAUUACAAAAACCUAUUAACGGAUAUGGAUUAUGCUGAGCCGAAAACGUUAAGGAAGGUUGCACUGACAGUAGCCCAUGAAGUUGUACAUCAGUGGUUUGGAAAUAUGCUUACGAUAAAGUGGUGGUCCGAUAUUUUCCUUACCGAAGGUCUUGCCGGAUAUUUUGCAUCUCAUGCGGUGAAUUCCGUAGUAACACCGAAACAUCGAGGAUACAUAAUAGAUCAUUAUCAGUUUGAAUCCACAUCGAUUGCAUUGAAAGACGAUUGUAAGAGACGGUCAGCUAGGCCCCUAAUCUCGGAUGAAGGUCUGUUCACGACGAAGGUCAUGAAGAAGGGAAACGCACUCAUAAAUCUUCUUUCAAAUACCAUUCCGGAGAAAACUUUCCAGAAAGGGAUUCGUAACUUUAUCGCUAAGAAUGCAAAUGGGAAUCCAGCUCCAGAAGAUUUGUGGAAUUCAUUAUCCGAGGCUUGUGCUGAGGACCAUAUAGAUGGAUGGGACAAGCAAGAUUUGAAUGUGUCCGAGUUAAUGAAGGCAUGGACGACGGAGAUCUCUUUCCCUAUAUUGAAAGUAUCCACUUCGAAGGAGGGCCGGGUCACUUAUCGUCAGGAAUCGUGUCUUGGCGGUGAUACAACAUGGAAUAUUCCUGUAUAUAGUGGAACAGCAGGGAAAGAUCUUCAACAGCUUAACUGGUUUAUUGGGAAGGACGGCACAUCACCGGUAUGGACGCAAAAUUCACCUCUAACCCGUCUGGAUAAUGUUCGAGGAAGUUCAUUUAUACGAAUGUAUUACGAUACAAAUACAAUGGAAUCACUACUAGAUAGUGCACGUAUUACACGUGCGGCUGUCACACAAGGAACGAUACUCAGCGAUGCGUGGUUCUUUGUCUCCAAAGGCAAUUAUACAUGGCCUCAAUUCCUGGAUAUUGCUCAUGCCAUUAGGUUGGACCAUGAUUUAAUCCCAUGGUCUGUACGUGAAGAGUAUUUCGAGAAAUUAUAUCAUUAUUUCCGUUUCCACAAAGAAUUCCCGAAAGUAGAGAAUUAUUUAAUUUCAUCAGCAAAAGGGUUAUCUAACCGUGUUGGUUAUCCUAUUACUAUUGCUUCUAUAGAUCGAAAUGCACCAUGGGAUCAACGAACAUUUGUAGCUCACCUUAAUGAAUGGAUGUGUCGUCUGAAUGAUCGUCAGUGUUUAGAAAAAGCUAAUACAGAAUUCAAUGAAUUUCUUGUCACAUGUGCUUAUUCGAACUAUGGGACCGCUCACUGUUCACCAGUGAAUCCUGAAUUCCGAAGAACAAUGUAUUGUUAUGGUAUCAGACAGAAUCCUAAAGCUGAGAACAUUUUGUACUCAUUGUAUGAGGAUAUUACGAAAAAUGAGUUAUAUUUUGAUCGUGAUGCAGACAAUCUACUGUAUUCUUUGUCUUGUCAAAAUAAUGAGAAGGAACUAAAAAAAUACAUUCAAAAAGCGCUUAUUGGCGAGCUUCCAAAAGAAAUUCUAUCAUACAUUGCUAUGAACGAUAAUACUGGAACAGUAUUAUUCAAUUACUUUGUAAACAAUGUGGAUAAGAUCCUCAGCAGUGAUGUUGAGUUCAGCUACUAUAUUAAUGCCAUGACAUCCGACUGGUCCAGUGAAAAUCAGCAAACUGAGUUGAUGUAUUUCCAAGACGAGGAGAUCUACGAAUCCCUGAAUAAGGAACAACAACAGAGUUGGGAAUUAGCUGUUCAAAAAGUUAACGAAACUCUAACGUGGUUUCACACGAAUGCGCCAGGAAUACUGGAUUGGAUCGAUAAGCACAGGGAAAAAUGA